UCCUGUUCUGUGUUAGCGACAACAAAGUGGAGCCGGAGCAGAGUCCGUGUCGCCUCUCCGCUGUCAGCAGCAUCUUCACCGUCGUCCUCCGCCGCGGUCCGCUGGCUGAGAGGAUGGUCGAGCGAAACGGUAGCCGGAGAAGCCAAUGGCGUUUGUAAGACGAUGGCUGUCGAUGCACGCCAGUUUCCAAACGCGGAAGGAGGACGCAGAACCAUGUUGCUUUAAAUUGUGACCUGCGGUGAACGGGGGAGGCAGAACAGGAGGAGGAGGAGGAGGAGGAGGAGGAGGACCGAGGCGUAGGCAAGCAUUGAGCGAUCCGCCACGGCUCCCAGCAGGUGGCCCGCUGCAGCCGAAACGCGAUGGGCAACACGGCCACCAAGUUCCGCAAGGCGCUGGUGAGCGGAGACGAGGCUCUGGCCUGGCAGCUGUACGACUGCAACCCUCAGUUCAGGGACGGCCUGGACCCCAACGCGUCGUACGGAGAGCAGUACCAGCACAACACACCUCUGCACUACGUAUGCCGCCACGCCAUGACGCGGCUGCUCAGGUCGUUCCUGUUCAGCAAAGAGGGAAACCCAAACAAGCGUAAUGUGCACAACGAGACAUGCCUCCACGUGCUGUGCCAAGGCCCGCAGAUCCUGCUGCUGCCAGAGGGCGCGCUCUCUCCCCGGCUGGCCCGACCACAGAGGGACGAGCAGCGCCGCGCAGACUGCCUCCAGAUGAUCCUGAGCUGGACCGGAGCCAGACUGGAAGGAGGCCAGUACGAGAAGGCCAACGUCAACGCCACCGACAACCACCACAGCACCUGUCUGCACUACGCUGCUGCUGCGGGCAUGAAGAGCUGCGUGGAGCUGCUGAUCCAGAGCGAGGCCGAUCUCUUUGUGGAGGACGAGGACAAGCUGACGCCGUGCGACCACGCCGAGCGGCACCACCACACCGACUUGGCACUCAGCUUGGAGUCACAGAUGGUUUUCUCCUCCGCCUCGGCUCAGCAGUCGGGCGGAGACGCACACGGUGAAAGCCGCCUGCUGCAAUACAAGGAGCCUUACGAGGGACUAAAGAUUCAGGACCUGCGGCGACUGAAGGACAUGCUGAUCGUAGAGACUGCGGACAUGCUGCAAGCUCCGCUUUUCACCGCUGAAGCCCUCCUCCGAGCGCAUGAUUGGGACAGAGAAAAGCUGCUGGAAGCCUGGAUGUCUGACGCUGAAGGCUGCUGCCAGCGCUCAGGCGUCACCAUGCCCACCCCGCCACCCAGCGGCUACAACGCCUGGGACACCCUGCCGUCUCCCCGCACGCCCAGGACCCCACGCUCACCUCUCACGCUCACCCUCACCUCCCCCACCGACAGCUGCCUCACACCGGGAGAGGAGGGCUUGGCCACGUGCGGCAUCUGUCUCUGCUCCAUCUCAGUCUUUGAGGACCCCAUUGACAUGUCCUGCGGUCACGAGUUCUGCAGGUCCUGCUGGGAGGGGUUUCUAAACGUGAAGAUUCAGGAAGGCGACGCCCACAACAUCUUCUGCCCUGCCUAUGAGUGCUACCAGUUGGUACCGGUGCAUGUGAUCGAGAGCGUGGUUUCUAGAGAGAUGGAUCAGCGCUACCUGCAGUUUGACAUCAAGGCCUUCGUGGAAAACAAUCCAUCCAUCCGCUGGUGUCCUGCGGCUCGCUGUGAGCGCGCAGUGAGGCUAACCAGGCCGGGCCCCGGAGACAGCGACCCCCACAGCUUCCCCCUGCUACCAUCCCCAGCUGUCGACUGUGGGAAGGGUCACCUGUUCUGCUGGGAAUGCCUCGGCGAGGCCCAUGAGCCAUGUGACUGUCAGAUGUGGAGAAACUGGCUCCAGAAAGUCACAGAGAUGAAGCCUGAGGAAUUAGCCGGAGUGAGCGAGGCCUACGAGGAUGCCGCCAACUGCCUGUGGUUGUUGACCAACUCCAAACCGUGUGCCAACUGCAAGUCGCCCAUUCAGAAGAACGAGGGCUGCAACCACAUGCAGUGUGCCAAAUGUAAAUAUGACUUCUGCUGGAUAUGCCUGGAGGAGUGGAAGAAACACAGCUCGUCCACGGGAGGCUACUAUCGUUGUACUCGCUAUGAGGUCAUUCAGCAGCUCGAAGAGCAGUCCAAAGAGAUGACUGUCGAGGCUGAAAAGAAGCACAAGAGCUUCCAGGAGCUGGACCGUUUCAUGCACUACUACACUCGCUUCAAGAACCACGAACACAGUUACAAGUUGGAGCAGAAGCUGCUGAAAACGGCGAAGGAGAAGAUGGAGCAGCUGAGCAGAGCCUUUAUUUGCCGUGAGGGCACGCCCCCCGACACCCGUUUCAUCGAGGACGGCGUGACGGAGCUGCUGAAGACGCGGCGUGUGCUGAAGUGCUCUUACCCGUACGGCUUCUUCCUGCAGCAGGGCAGCACGCAGAAGGAGAUAUUUGAACUCAUGCAGACCGACCUGGAGAUGGUGGUCGAGGAUUUGGCUCAGAAAGUCAACCGGCCGUACCUCAGAACGCCGCGGCACAAGAUAGUCAGCGCGGCGCGCCUGGUGCAGCAGAAGAGGCAGGAGUUCCUGGCGUCUGUGGCCCGCGGCGUCGCUCCCAACGACUCCCCCGAUCCUCCCCGCAGGAAUUACCCUGGAGGAUCCUGGGACUGGGAGUACCUUGGCUUUGCGUCACCUGAGAUGGGAAGCCGUCACUCUGUUCUGGGAGCAGCCGAUCACAGAGAGAGGCAGUCGCAGGAUUACGCUGACAUCCAGUACCGGCGCAGACACCGACCUCGACGCAGAGGAGACAUGCUGAGUCUGCACAACCUCAGAAGCAGCAGCAACACGCCUGAGGCCAGCAGGAGGAGCGACAGCACAGAUCCCACAGAGAGGACUGAAGGUCGCAGAAGAGCGCUGGGCUCCCUCGACGAAGACGACCCCAACAUCCUCCUCGCCAUCCAGCUGUCGCUCCAGGAGUCCCGGAGAGAGCAGGGCCUGGACGGAGGAGCAGAGCUGGAGCACGGGGGGCAGGAGAGGAGGUCGGCCACCGCAGGAGAUCUGGCCGACGUCGCUUUGCACUCCCUGAACAUGGAGGAUCCUCCGGGAGCUCGAGGCUCAUCCUUCCCCACGUCCCUCCUGGAUCCUCCGCGACCCCCAAACAGGACAGAUUCCUCCUCGCAGCCCUCCUUACUGAGCUCCCUCCCCCUGCCGCCCCCUCCUCCCACCCUCAGCGCGGAGCUGCUGGAGCUGGGAGACAGCCUUAUGAAACUGGGGAGCAUCACCGCUCCUUACGGCGUGGACGCGGAGCCCGCGUACAGCCGCAGCGCGCUGACCGCUCCUUACGGCGACCAGAACACGUCGACGCCGCAUGUGCUGGAUCAUAUCGCCAUCACAGAUCCUCAUCGUGACGGCAGAGAGCAGAGCUACUGCACCUCCUCGGCCUAUCCAGCCGAGGGGGACCACACCGCCUCCUGUGCACCGGACUGCACUCAUAACCCCUCACACAGUCUGUGUAAGCAGGAUCUUGACGACGCAGACUGCUCCUACCAGCCAAGUAGCUCCUACACCGCAGAACAUCCCUCCACCUACGCUCUGGACCAGCCUCCCAGGUCAGAGCCUCAGCCUCCGGUCCAGUUGUGCCUCCCGUCGCCGGAGCAGGAGCCAGACCUGCUGCUCUCCCCGGUGAUCCCACCGGGGGGCCCCUUCACCCCCAGCGACCCGCAGAGCCUGGAGGCUUUGGACCCCACGGCGAGCGCCCAGCUGCUGGACAACAUCAUGGCCUGGUUCAACAACAACAUCAACCCCCAGAACAACCCCCAGAACCUGGCUCUCAUCCCCUCCCCGCCCACCACAGAGACGGACUCCUCCCCCGACACGCACACCGAGGCCGAGAAGGACGCCCCGGUCUGGCAGCCCCUGGAGGGCGGGCCGGAAGCGGCGGGCGGCGGCGAGGCCCCGAAGAGGUCGAGGCCCGACUCUCUAGAGCUGGAAAACAGAGACGUGGGGGAGGAGGGUGUGAGCGCGGGGUGUGUGUCGGACCUGUCGCUGGACGAAGAGCACACACACCCGCGGUCACACAGCCAGCGCGGGGGGGGCGGUCACCCCGAGACGGCCGCGGAGAGGGAAGCAGACCCCGCCCCGCAGGUAGGGGGCGGCGGGUCUCCGCAGGAGUGGGAGGAGCAGGAACACUUGGUGUGACGGCGGGGAGAGGCCGGAGAGAAGGACAGACGGUGUUUGCUGGCUGUACCAUACUGUAUUUAAAGAUGAUGUCACUCACAGGUUGGACGUUCAAGUGCUUUCUGUCCGCUCCAGGAAACGGGCAGCGAAUGAUUCAUUAAAGCAAACGAGUUUUGAAUGAC